UGUGUGUGUGUGUGUGUGUGUGUAAUGGAGGGGAGGGGUUGUGAAUGAAAGAGAGAUGUGCGCCCCUGCAAGCAUCUCAUUCAGUGAAGCUUCACCGGCGGCAGCAGCAGCAGAGGCGGCGGCGGCUUAUCGCGAUGUCACACCGGCGUCAUUUUCUCCAUCUGCUGUGAAACACUCAGACUCUGGUUCAAUGCACAUUUAUGUCUCAGUUCAGUGAAUUCAUUCGGAGCUGUCUGCUGUUAGAAUGCGUCCAGGAGCGCGUCCUCCUCCUCUCGACUGUGUGCAGCCCUGUCUGUGUCUGUGCGUCGUAGUGUUCCUCCUCUGUGCUGAGGCUGCUGUGUCUGGAGACCGUGUUUACAAUGGAGAAAAUAGUCAGGCUUCACUGAGGAGCAUCCUCGAGCACGUACAGAGUUAUGAGAUUACUUACCCCACAUGGCUGCAUCCUCGCAGACACAGGAGGACUGCCGACAUCGAGCAUCCUACAGAGGCGCAGGUUCUGAUCUCAGCUGAGGGUCGGGAGCUCAGACUACACCUGGAGAAAAACGAGCAGCUGUUGGCCCCUGGAUAUCAGGAAAUAUGGUACACUCCUGAUGGAGCCCGCAAGACGUCCUCUCCUGCCAGCACUGGACACUGUUUCUACCAUGGGGAGGUUGUGGGCAUGGAGGGUUCAAGUGUUGCUGUUAGCACAUGCGCAGGACUCAGGGGAUUGAUUUCUCUGAACACAAGCGUCAGCUACCUGAUAGAGCCUCUUCCUGCUUCCACGGAUGCACAGCAACAUGCUGUGUUCAGAGCCGAGAGUCUCCAUCUCCCCAGAGGUAGCUGCCCGCAUCACCACGGCAACAGGGAAGAUGAGGAGGGGCUUAAUGACUUCAUCCAUGGAAUGAUGUCACCGCAGAGUGGGAGGGAAAAAAGGGACCUGAGCAAGAAUAUGAAGUAUGUAGAGCUGCUGAUAGCGGCUGACAAGGCUGAGUUUGAGAAGCAUGGGAGUAAUCUCGAGAAGACCAAACUGAAACUACUGGAAGCGGCCAACUUGGUCGACAAGUACUACAAGGCUCUGAACAUCCGUGUGGCAUUAAUCGGUCUUGAGGUGUGGACCAGCCAGGACAUGAUCAACGUCUCAGAAAACCCUCACAGCACUCUGGCAGCAUUCCUGUCCUGGAGAAGCAAACAGCUCCGCACGCUCCCCAACGACAACGCUCAGCUCAUCACGGGGAGGGGAUUCCAGGGCACUACUAUCGGGCUGGCACCUCUCAAAGCCAUGUGCUCUGACCACCAGUCUGGUGGAGUGAACACGGACCACUCAGAGUCAGCUGUGGGUGUCGCUGCUACCAUGGCACAUGAGAUGGGCCACAACUUCGGUAUGAGCCACGACAGUACAGGCUGCUGCCAGGCGAGGGCAGAAGACGGAGGCUGCAUCAUGGCUGCUGCUACCGGGCAUCCCUUUCCACGUGUGUUUAAUGCUUGUAACCAGAAGGAGCUGAAGAGCUACCUGAGCUCUGGAGGAGGGAAGUGUCUCUUUAACUUGCCAAACACUAGAGCCAUGUAUGGAGGCCAGCGCUGUGGCAAUGGUUACCUGGAGGAUGGAGAAGAAUGUGACUGUGGAGAAGAAGAGGAGUGCACAAGUCCCUGCUGCAAUGCCAAUAACUGCACUCUGAAAGCCGGAGCUGAGUGUGCCCAUGGCGUCUGCUGCCAUGACUGCAAGUUGAAGAGCCCAGGCGUGUUGUGUCGUGCUCCGUCAGGGCAGUGUGACUUGCCGGAGUACUGCGAUGGAAAGACAGAGUCUUGCCCUGCUAAUUUCUAUUUAGUGGAUGGUACGACAUGUGCAGGCGGCCAGGCCUACUGUUACACCGGCAUGUGCCUGACCCUGGAGCAGCAGUGUCGGUCUCUCUGGGGACAAGAUGGCCGUCCGGCCCCUGACCUGUGUUUCAAGAAAGUGAACGAAGCUGGUGAUAUGUACGGGAACUGUGGCAAAGAUAUAUUUGGGAAGUACAGGAGCUGUAAGGAGAGGGAUGCUCACUGCGGGAAAAUCCAGUGUUUAACUUCAGGCUCCAAGCCCAUUGAGAACAAUGCUGUUCCCAUAGAAACCACUGUCACCUUUGGCAACAAGAAGAUUUACUGUAUGGGAACACAUGUGUACAAAGUUGGGCAGGGGGUCGAGGAGGCACAGGGCGACACUCUGGACCCAGGCCUGGUCAUGACGGGCACCAAGUGCGGUGUUGACUCGCUUUGCUUUAAUGGAGAAUGCCGCAAUGCAUCUUUCCUGAGAGCUGAUGAGUGCAAUGCAAAGUGCCACGGACACGGGCUGUGCAACAACAACCAUAACUGCCACUGUGACGCAGGCUGGGCUCCUCCUCUGUGUGAUCAGAGUGGGUCAGGGGGCAGUGUGGACAGUGGACCUGUCAUCAGCCACAGUAAUCUCCUUCUGGUCCUGCUGGUCCUCCCUCUGGUUCUCUUUGUGGUUUUGGCUGCUGUUGGAUUGUGGUGCUGCUACAGACAUAAACGCCCUCCAUUGAAAACCUCUGCUCCACCUCCAGUACCAAAUUGUUCAGUACCAGCUGAGGGCAAACCUCUGCAAGCCGUCGAUCAUGGGAACGGUCACGCCAACCUGACAUUCCUGCUAAAUAAACAGGACUCAGACCACCUGAAGUCCUCUCCGAGUCCGAGUCCGUCUUGCCCAUCCCGGUCCAGACAUGCUAUUGUGCGUCCGGCGGUGAAGCCACCUCCCGUACCUGCGUAUGCUGCAAAGCAGAAAGAGCCUCAGCCUCAGUCUGCAGCUUCUCCUCAGAAACAAUACUCUCCUCAGGCUUAUACUCCACCUCCCUUUAAAUCUGAGCUAAGACGAAACCAGGCUCCUCUACCACCCUCAGGACCUCCACCUUUACCUUCGCCGGACACCAAAACCCACUCACAGCAUUCAGCAGCAGACAAAUCCAGACCAGAUCCUCCAAACAGACCUCCACCGCCCUGUCCUGUGAAAAAGCCAUCAGUGGAGCAGCAGCCAACGAAAGGCCUGCAGGUUACCACUAAUGCCUUGCAAAGAGGAAAAGCUGCUUUGGCACCAUCUGCUGGACAGAAAAAGCCAAACAGAAUCUAAGUGCUCAGGGAGACAUUGGGGACCACCACUCACACCCAAUCAUGGACUGCUCGAACUGUCUCUGUCUAACGACGAAAACGUGGCACUGUGGGAUAUGAUGAAUAUUUAACACUUGGAUGUGUAUUGAGGGAAAUCACAGGCAUAGUACAUAUCACAAUGCAUACCUUUAAGUCUUUAAGUCUUUAAGAUUAAGGCUUAAUCUUUAUUUUGUAAAUCAGCCCUACGUGUCUGCUUUAACAACUUGAAACAGCCAGAGCUGUGAAGAACUUUUUUCUUUGUUAUUAUUGUCCCAAAAGGUAAUGGAAAUGUGAAAUUGUUCCGUGUGUGCAGCAGUGUUGAAACGCUGUUCCUGGGGUAUUUAUUCACAAAGAAAAAUGAAUGUUUACAAUGUAGCCUAUGUAAUAAACAUGGUGUCUCUUAUAGAGCAUCAGCUGUAAAGGGAUAUCUUAUAUUAAGAAAAGAUGCCAAUACUGAAGUGCUUUACGCUUCUUAUGUGUGAAUAAGGAUGGGAUUUUAACUGGAGUAAUGGGGACCAGUGAAAGCCCUUCAUGCAUGCUGUAAGUAUACGCUUAUGAUGGGAGAUACAUGCCUGAUAUGUAGCAGGAAAUGUUCAGGAGUUUUCAAUUGUAUUAUUAGUUUUGUUUAUUGAUUUUAUAUUGUUGUGUUGCACUAUGAGCACUCUAAUGGCGUUAAAGGUUAAAUUAUCCCUUGAAAAAAGUAAAAGUCACCUUUUGAAGCCUGCAGGGAGUGAACAUUUUGAUGCUAUAAAGAUUUGGGGGAGAUGUUUUUAAUCCCAGACUCUUUUAAUCCAUAGUUCUGUCACUGACAAUCGGUGAUUGUGAUGUCUUCGUCCAGAUUAACAUUUUAUUUGUUGCAAAUUACUAACAAAAAUCAAAUGUUCCGGUUUAAACAUCUUAAAACUGGACCAUGCAUGUUUGUCCAGCGGGCGCUUCCUCAUGACCAAACUUCUGUCUGAGAAGACUGUGUGAUUACUUUGAUAUUACUGUAUGGUACUGUUAAAAUAAUCUGUUUGGUACAUUUGAUUACUUGGGGGAUUACCUACUUUUAUCUGUAAUAUGAAAAUAUACUGUACAGUCUGUCAGCUGCCAUGUUUUACUUUCUUAUCGGACCUAUGCAAACCCUGACACUGUGCAGCACUGUGUCUUCAACAGGAAUUUAACACAUGGGAAAAUAAAAAAAAAUAUUAUGUUA